CGAAAUUCCCGUCCAAUCUUCUUGAAAUUUAAUCGACAAUCUUGAAAGAGAAAAAGCAAUGGCUCUCAAAGCCGUCCAUGUGUCCGACGUCCCCAAUCUUGAUCAAUUCGCGGACAAUGCCGAAUUAGCCCUCUCCUCCACCCAGUUCUUCAAAGGUGUUAAUGAUCAUGGAGGUGAAGAAGGUAAAUGUGGCUAUGAAUUCUCGAAAUUUACGGUGAUGGGACACAGGGGCUGCGGGAUGAACAUGGUGCAAUCCUCGGUCCCAAGAAUGGAAUUCUUGAAAGAGAACUCGAUUCUCUCCUUCAAUGCCGCCGCUAAAUUGCCUAUUGAUUUCAUCGAGUUCGACGUUCAGGUUACUGAAGAUGGGUGUCCUGUCAUUUUCCAUGACGGCUUCAUCCUCACUCAAGACAAGGGUGCCAUUGUUGAGAAAAGAGUCACGGAUCUCACUGUAGCUGAAUUUCUUUCUUAUGGACCCCAGAAACAGCUCGGAAGUGUGGGGAAGCCUCUCUUUAGAAGAACAAAAGAUGGCAAUAUCUUUGAGUGGAAGGUUGAAAAUGAUGACCCUCUAUGCACGUUGCAAGAGGCCUUCGAGAAAGUUGAAAAUUCUAUCGGUUUCAACAUUGAAUUGAAGUUGGAUGAUCAGGUGGCAUAUACGGAGGAACAACUCACUCGUGUUCUUCAAGCAAUCUUGCAGGUGGUAAACGAGUGUGCCAACAACAGACCUAUCAUCUUUUCAAGCUUUCAACCUGAUGCUGCCCUGUUGAUCAGAAAAUUGCAGACCACCUACCCUGUGUUCUUCCUCACAAAUGGAGGAUCCAAAAUAUACAUAGACAUAAGAAGGAAUUCCUUGGAUGAGGCUAUCAAGGUGUGCUUGACGGGUGGUUUGCAAGGAAUUGUAUCUGAACUCAGAGCCAUCUUUAGAAAUCCAGGAGCAGUAACUAGAAUCAAAGACUCCAAGCUUUCCCUUGUAACUUACGGCCAAUUGAAUAACUUUCCAGAGGUGGUUUACGUGCAACAUCGUAUGGGUGUGGACGGAGUGAUUGUUGACCUGGUUGAAGAAGUCACAGAGGCAAUCUCAGAUUGGAUCAGGCUGGCGGAGGACCGUGGAGAGGAAGGGCAGAAGCAAGUGAAAACAAACCCUGGAUUCUUGCAGCAACAACUCUCUUUGCCUCUCUUACUUCCACCGGAGUUGUUACAUACUUGAAAGCAAUAGACAUACCAUGUUGUUCCCCACCCCUCCCUCAAGCCUAAAUUCUGUAUAUAGACUUAUCCUUUCUCGUACAUCAUUUUGCAUAUAUGAUUUUUUUUUUUUUUUUUUUUUCUUGUUUGGGUCCCAACUUGGGCUUUGAGACUGCUACAAUGAUUUGUCGUGACGGCCCAAUUUCGUGGGCCAGGUUUUAAUUCAUCCAGCACCCUGGUUACACUUGCUGGCUGCCUUCUCUAC